AUGGUUUCACUCCUUUUGGACAAUCUGAGUAGAAUCGAUAUUUAUCUUCAACCCCAGAUAGAUGAUUUCAAUCAGUUGUGGUGUGAAGCAUUGAUGUGGACUAUCAACGAUUUUCCUACCUAUGGUAUGCUGUCUGGAUGGAUGACACAAGGGAAGUUAGCAUGUCCUUACUGCAUAGAGUGUUCUAAGGCGUUUACGUUGGAAAAUGGUAGGAAAAAUUCAUGGUUUGAUUGUCACAGACAGUUUUUGCCUAUGACAGAUCCUUUUAGGCGGAACAAGGAUGCAUUUUUCAAGAAUCGAAUGGAGAAAUCACAACCUCCCCCACAUUUUUCUGGAAAAGAAGUUUUGGCACGAGUUUGGAACUUUCCAAAGAUUACUGAGACAGGGCCAUUAUCAUUGCCGGGAUAUGGCCAAGAUCAUAGCUGGACAAAAAAGAGCAUCUUCUGGGAUCUGACUUAUUGGCACAACAAUAUUAUACGGAAUAACCUAGAUGUCAUGCAUAUUGAGAAGAACAUGUUUGACAAUGCUUUCAAUACAUGUAUAGAUGUUAAGGGAAAAACAAAGGAUAAUGCAAAGGCCCGACUAGAUCUUUCACAUUAUUGUAAAUGCAGAGCUUUAGAGUUGGUGGAGUAUGACAACGGUAAAUCCUUCCAACCGAAAGCACAAUUUUGCCUCAACAUGGAGCAAAGAAGAGCUAUUUGUUCUUGGGUUUUCAGUUUGAAGUUGUCAGACAGUUAUGUAUCAAACCUAGGCAGGUGCGUAGAUAUGAGAGAAGGAAAGUUGUUUGGGAUGGAAAGUCACGACUGUCAUGUUUUCAUGCAACGGCUACUUUCGAUUGCAUUUCGGGUAUUGCCCGAGUCCAUUUGGGCUACACUUACUGAGUUGAGUCACUUUUUUAGAGAGAUAUGUUUGACUACAUUGCGAGUGAGUCAAUUGAGCAUUAUGGAGGACAACAUUCCUGUGAUCCUUUGCAAGUUGGAGCGUAUAUUUCCCCCAUCAUUCUUUGACUCGAUGGAACAUCUACUGAUACAUCUACCAUUUGAAGCAAGGAUAGGUAAACCAGUACCAUACAGAUGGAUGUAUCCUUUUGAAAUGUUCCUCCACUUCCUAAAGAAAAAAGUUAAAAAUAAAGCUCGUGUAGAAGGAUCUAUUUGUGAAGCAUAUAUAGUCGAAGAGACGUCGACAUUUGCUUCGUAUUAUUUUGAACCACAUGUGAGCUCUCGACGAACCAGAGUACCUAGAAAUGAUGAUUGGGGUACAUCCAACCAGGAAGUCCCUAUAAUUUCAAUAUUCAAUCAACCUGGUCAUCUUGUUGGUGUUGCCGGUAAGCGAUACCUCAUCGACAAAAAAUACAAUGUUGCAAUAUUGUACUUGUUUUUGAAUUGCGAUAUUGUCCAACCAUUUAUGGACUUGUAUACAGAUUUUGUUCGAGCAUCAGUACCUACGUUGAAUGACGAUGCAGUCGAUUAUCAGAUUGAGAUAGGUUUUGCAUCAUGGUUCAGACAAUACGUCCAUGAUCCGCAAAAUAGUAUAACUAAUGAAACAGUACGAAAUAUAGCAUAUGGACCGUUGAGAAGGGUUGAGAUGUGGCAUACAUAUUAUGUCAAUGGAUACAAAUUCGACAUCGAUGCGUGUAGCGAAGCCAAGUCAACAAUCAACAGUGGUGUAUGCAUGCGGGGAACCGAUUAUGGACAAUCAGAAAAUGACUACUAUGGAAGACUUAAAGAGAUUGUGCAAUUUGAAUUCCCAGGACAACCAAUAAAGAAAAUUGUUCUCUUUAAUUAUGAGUGGUUCGACCCAACUCCUAAUCGAGGUACGCGAAUCAAUAAACAUUAUGGGCUUGUUGAGGUUAAACGUAGAGGAAGGUACAAAAAGUUUGAUCCAUUUAUAAUAGCACAACAAGCAGAGCAAGUCUACUUUACUCCUUAUCCAGAAGGGAUACGUGAUCGAGCAGAUUGGUGGGCUAUGAUUAAAACAAAAGCCAGAAGCACAAUUACUACACCAUCAACACAGGUAGAUGAUGCCUUCCAAGAUAAUGAAGUUCCAAUUGAGCCAAUUGCAGUAGACACUGACCAACUAAAUUCUCUAGUCGAUAAUGCUGUUGAACCUGAAGAAGUACAAGUAGAAAACUCUACAAGGCAACUCUUGGUUGAGGAAGACACUGAUGAUUGA